AUGAAUUGUGUAAGGAAACACAUUCUGAAAAGCAAAACCUAUUAUUUGUAGGUCCUUGAAGAUUCAAUGAUCUUGAGUGAUGUAAGUCUACUGAAUAUAUAAUAUAGCAUAAAAACAUGUUGAAUCCUAAGUAUAUAAUCCAAUUUAAUUUUGAAACAAGAGUAAUGUGGAAGGUUUCAGAAUAAGAUGAAUUAUGUUCAUUUGGAAUCUACUAUGUGAAUCGAAUUAAAUGGUUCGACUCUGAUCAUAAUUCUCUCAAUCUCUUGAAAAUUUACCUGUCUCCUAAAGUCUUUUUUGGAAAUAUUUCUAUAUUUUACGAUUCUGGUUCCAUUAUUGGAUCUGGAGCAUCAUCAAAAGUGAAAUAAAAAAAUUUAAAUUAGGUUUGUCUGGUUAAAGUAAAGAAGAGUAUUCUUGAAUACGCAGCCAAAUGCAUUUCGAAAAAGUAUCUCUUACAAAAAAAGUCAAAUGACCGAAUGGUAUAAAUUUUCUUAUUCAUUAUUAGAAUAGAUUAUAAUAAGAAAUAUAAAUCUUACAGAAGAUCGAUCAUCCGCAUUUCGUAAAGCUACAUGAAAUCUAUCAAGGAGAGAACUCUUACUAUCUGGUGACCGAUUACUUGUCAGGGGAUACUCUUUAUAAUUACAUUAAAACAUUUCCAGAUGAUUAGAUACCAUCUAAUUAAAUUCGGGAAGCCAUCAAAGUUUGCUUAUAUUUUUAUUAUAGAUUAUAUUGACAGCAUUAAAUUAUUUGGAAAUUAACAAUAUUAUCCAUAGGGAUAUCAAAUUAGAAAAUAUCUUAUUAUAAAAAUAAAAUGAUAUUACUUCAUUAAAGAUAAUUGAUUUUGGCUUGGCAAUUUAUACAUAACCUCAAUAGAAAAUAAGUAUUUGUGGUACUCCUGGAUACAUUGCGCCUGAAAUACUUAAAAAUUCCAAUGCUGAUGAAUAUUUCACUCAUAAAUGUGACAUUUUUAGCGCUGGAGUCAUCUUUUACAAAUUGUAAGUUUAAUCAUAAUUAUCAUCCUAGAUUGACAAAGAAAACAUUGUUUCGAGCUCAAAAUACAAUGGAAAUUAUGGAAUAAAACAAAUAAUGUCAAGUCAAUUAUUAAGAUAUUGAAUAUAAAUUAUAAAAGGAAGCAGUUAGUUUGUUAAAAUCAAUGUUGGAUCCAAAUCCUAAAACUAGAUAUUCAGCAGCUUAAUGUCUUGAGCACCCUUACUUUAGUUGUAAACUUGAGAAUAUUAAUAUUUUACAAGAGAUCUUAGAUAAAGCUACAGGAUUUUCUGGUCUCUCAUAAAUCAGUACUUUUUAAUUUAUCAUUUUAUAGAAGAAUAAAAGGAUACUCAUUCCAUUGGAUAGGAGUCUCAAGCUGCGUAAGUUAAAAGAUGCAAUCCGACCUCUUAUAAGAUAAGAGCAGAAUAAAGAAAAAGAACCAAAAGCCCUAGAAAAUAUGCGGAAUUUCAAUUUUAUUGUCCAUCCUUUUGUUAAAUGAACUCAUUCGAAAGUUUAAGUAGUAAAGGAUCUUCAUCAUAUUCCAAUAAAGUUUCAAGGAUUGAAAAUUUAAUUAACGAUAAAUUAGAUUCGGUGAUUGAAGAAGAUGAUAAAUUUCAAUAAAAUAUUAAGUAAGUAUGUUCAAAUUGA